AUGGCUCCAUCAUUGGAAACCCUGACACAACACACGACCCAUAAUGAUCGUUUGACACGAAUACAGGACAUGGAGAAUAUCGAUGAUGUAUCGAAUAGAAUCGAUACGAUACCGAUUAUCGAUACUCGCGAUGUCAAUAUGAACGAAGUGGAGAGACUGUCUGAAGUCCAGGAGUUCUAUAAAGGGAAGAAUAUAUUAAUAACAGGAGCUACAGGUUUCCUUGGAAAGAUCUUGGUGGAGAAACUUCUCAGAUCAUGCCCGGGAGUGGAGAAUUUAUAUCUACUGGUGAGGCAAAAGAGGGGGAAGGACAUCUUCACAAGAAUAGAUGAGAUCUUUGAUGAUCCUGUGUUCGACCGCUUGAAAAAGGAAGUACCAAAGUUUAGACACAAACUCGUCGCGAUUCCUGGCGACUGUGAAGCUGCAGGUCUUGGUCUCACUCUUAUGGACAGACAGAUGCUCACGGAAAAGGUCAACAUAAUAUUCCAUUCGGCUGCAACCGUGAAGUUCGACGAACAUCUCCGCGCUGCACUCAAUACAAACGUUCGAGCACCGUUACAUUUACUCCGCCUGGCGAGGGAUAUGAAGGGACUGGAUGUGUUAAUGCAUAUAUCGACUGCAUACUCCAAUUCCCAUCUUUCCCACAUAGAGGAGAGGUUCUACCCAUGCGAGGCCGACUGUGAACAGUUACAUCAGAUGAUCGAGAAACUAACGGACAGACAAAUAAACGAUUUACUGCCCACGAUAUUAGGCGCAUGGCCAAACACGUAUACAUUUACGAAGGCACUAGCUGAGAAAGAACUGCGAGUGAAUGCGGGGGGCAUGCCUAUUGGUAUAUUUAGACCAGCUAUAGUGAUAUCGACAGUAAAUGAGCCAUUGAAGUGUUGGCUGGACAACAUGUACGGACCCACCGGUAUAGCAGUCGGCAGUGUAUCAGGUAUAGUAAGAACGUUGCAGUGCGACGAGAAUGUGACAGCGGAUCUGGUGCCAGUGGACAGCGCUGUCAAUUGCCUGAUGGUUGCGGCCGCUAAUGUUAGCGCAGCGUACAAACAAAGAUCACCACCACAAGAACCACCGAUAUUCAACUACGUCAGCUCCGUGGAGAAUAAAAUAACAUAUGGCGAUUUUAUGGAGAAGAAUAUCACUAGAGUCGAUCACUAUCCAACGUCAAAUGCUGUCUGGUACGUAUCGCUAACACUCACAAAGUCGAUACUAAUGUACAAUAUUUAUAAAUUCUUUCUACAUCUACUGCCCGGCGCGUUGUUUGAUGUGCUGGCCAUAUGUGUGGGAAGAAAACCUAAAAUGAUGAAAGUGUACAAGAAAGUCCACAAGUUUUCGUCCGUGCUGACGUACUUUUGUAUGCGAGAGAUCAGUUUCUGCAACCGAAAUACGAGGGAGCUCUGGCAGAAAACGUCCGAUAGUGAUAAACAGCUGUUCCCAUUCAGCAUGAGGGAGAUAAGUUGGGACGAAUACUUCGAGGAGUACCUGGCGGGCAUCAGACGGUAUCUUUUCAAGGAGAACGACGAUACGUUACCACGAGCCAGGUUAAAGUGGAAAAGGUAA